GAGGAGAGAGAGCCGACUCCUCAGAGAACAUCAACGAAAAUGGCUGCGCCGUCCCUACGACUGAGCCGUCUCGCGCUUGGCCGCACCUCGACCCUUACAAGUCGACCGUUUUCCAGUAAAGGUGAGAAGGGUCAGAUAGAUGCUCUGCUGGAGAGAGAGCACAAGGAUUUGAUAGAAGUAGAGGCCAAUGUGCCCGUUCAUGCAUUGACGGGGGUUCCGGAAGAACACAUCAAAGGACGGGUGGUGAGGAUAUACAAGCCGACGAAAAAUUGUAUGCAAUCUGGGACUGCGAACACCCAUCACUGGAGCAUGUCGUUCGACAAUCGGCAAAGGUGGACCAAUACCCUUAUGGGUUGGACUUCGACCGGUGAUCCGCUCUCGAACAUGAAUACGGAGUUCGCCACGAAAGAGCAAGCUGUCGCGUUCUGCGAGAAGAACGGCUGGGAGUAUUUCAUUGAUGAACCCGCUCCGCGCCGACUCCCGAAGAAGAAUUAUGGAGAGAACUUCGCUUGGAAUAAGCGGACCCGAGUUGGGCAGAAAUAGGAAUCCAGACAGAUAUCUAAGGGGUUGUUUAUGUUAAACCUGAGAGAUGAAAUGAUAAAAUAUA